GGAAGAAGAUCCAACAGGAGGAAGAUGGAUGGGGAAUAGAGAUCCCUCAGGAGUAAGUGGGACGGGGAAGAAAUUUCCGGUUGGAGGAAAUGGAUGGGGAAGAGUGAUCCCACAGGAUGAAGCAGAAUCAGGAAGAGAGAUCCAACAGGAGGAAGGGGGAUGGGAAAGAGAGAUACCACAGGAGGAAGGGGAAGAGAGAUCCCACAGGAGGAAGAGAAUGGGGAAGAGGGAUCCCACAGGAGGAAGAGAAUGGGGAAGAGGGAUCCCACAGGAGGAAGGGGAUGAGGAAUGGAGACCUCACAGGAGGAAGGGGGAUGGGGAAGAGAUCCCACAGGACAAAAGAGAUGGGGAAGAGAUAUCCCACAGGAGGAAGGACAAUGUGGAAGAGAGAUCCCACAGAAGUAAAGGGGCUGGGGAAAUGAGAUCCCACUGGAGGAAGGCGAAUGGGGAAUAGAGAUCCCACAGGAGGAAGAGGAUGGGGAAGAGAGAUCCCACAGGAGGAAGAGGAUGGGGAAGAGAGAUCCCACAGGUGGAAUGGGGAUUUGGAAGAGAGAUCCCACACGAGGAAGGUGAAUGGGGAAGAGAGAUCCCACAGGUGGAAGAGGAUGGGAAGGAGAUAUCCCACUGGAGGAAGAGGGAUGGGAAAGAGAGAUCCUACAGAAGGAAGGGGGCGGGGGAAGAGAGAUCCCACAGGGGAAUGGGGAUGAGAGAUCCCACAGGAGGAAGAGAAUGGGGAAGAGGGAUCCCACAGGAGGAAGGGGAUGAGGAAUGGAGACCUCACAGGAGGAAGGGGGAUGGGGAAGAGAUCCCACAGGACAAAAGAGAUGGGGAAGAGAUAUCCCACAGGAGGAAGGACAAUGUGGAAGAGAGAUCCCACAGAAGUAAAGGGGCUGGGGAAAUGAGAUCCCACUGGUGGAAUGGGAAGGGGAAGAGAGAUCCCACAGGAGGAAGGGGGAUGGGGAAGAAAGAUCCCACAGGGGAAAGGGGGAUGGGGAAGAGAGAUCCCACAGGAGGAAGAGGAUGGGGAAGAGAGAUCCCACAGGUGGAAUGGGGAUGGGGAAGAGAGAUCCCACAGGAGGAAGGAGAAGAGGGAUCCCAAAUGAGGAACGUGGCUGGGCAAGAGAGAUACCAGAUGGUGAAGGGGGAUGGGGAUGAGAGAUCCCACUGGAGGAAGGGGGAUAGGGAAGAGAGAUCCCACUGGAGGAAUGGGGAUUUGGAAGAGAGAUCCCACACGAGGAAGGUGAAUGGGGAAGAGAGAUCCCACAGGAGGAAGAGGAAGGGGAAGAGAUAUCCCACAGGAGGACGGGGGAUACAAGAGAGAGAUCCUACGGGAGAAAGGGAAUGGGAAGGAGAGAUCCCACAGGAGGAAGGCGAAUGGUGAAGGGAGAUUCAACGGGAGGAAGAGGGACAGGGAAGAGAGAUCCCAAAGGAGGAAGGGGGAUGGGGAAAAGAAUUUCUUCAGGAGGAAGGGGAAUGGGGAAGAGAGAUCCAACAGGAGGAAGGGGGAUGGGUUAUCGAGAUCUAAGAGGAGAAAGGGGAUGGGGAUGGGAGAUCCCUCAUGAAGAAGAGUGAUGGGGAUGAAAGAUCCCACAGUAAGUGGGAUGAGGAAAGAGAUCCGACAGGAGGAAGGGGAUGGGGAAGAGAGAUACCACAGGAGGAAAGGGAUCUGGAAGAGAGAUCACACAGGAGGAAGGGGGAUGGGGAAGUGAGAUCCCACAGGAGGAAGGGGGAUGGGGAAGAGAGAUCCCACAGGACGGGGGAUAGAAAAGAGAGAUCCUACUGGAGAAAGGGAAUGGGAAGGAGAGAUCUCACAGGAGGAAGAGGAUGGGAAGGAGAUAUCCCACAGGAGGAAGGACAAUGUGGAAGAGAGAUCCCACAGAAGAAAAGGGGCUGGGGAAAUGAGAUCCCACUGGAGGAAAGCUAAUGGGGAAGAGAGAUCCCACAGGAGGAAGAGGAUGGGGAAGAGAGAUCCCACAGGUGGAAUGGGGAUGGGGAAAAGAGAUCCUACAGGAGGAAGAGGAUGGGAAGGAGAUAUCCCACAGGAGGAAGAGGGAUGGGGAAGAGAGGUCCCAGAGCAGGAUUUGCAUAUAGAAGAGAGAUCCUGGAGUAGGAAGCUGAGUCAGGAAGAGAGAUCCCAUAGGAGGAAGGAGGAUAUGGAAGAGUGAUCCCACAGGAAGAAGGGGGAUGGGGAAGAGAUCCCAUAGGAGGAAGGCGAUGGGGAAGAGAUCCCAUAGGAGGAAGGCGAUGGGGUAGAGAGAUCACACAGUUGGAAGAGAAUGGGGAAGAGAGAUCCCUAAGGAGGAAGGGGAUAGGGAAGAGAGAUCCCACAGGAGGAAGGAGAAGAGGGAAGAGAGAUCCCAAAUGAGGAACGUGGCUGGGCAAGAGAGAUACCACAUGGUGAAGGGGGAUGGGGAUGAGAGAUCCCACAGGAGGAAGGGGGAUAGGGAAGAGAGAUCCCACAGGAGGAAGGUGAAUGGGGAAGAGAGAUCCCACAGGUGGAAGAGGAUGGGAAGGAGAUAUCCCACAGGAGGAAGAGGGAUGGGGGAGGUAGGUCCAGAGCAGGAUUUGCAAAUAGAAGAGAGAUCCUGGAGUAGAAAGCUGAAUCAGGAAGAGAGAUCCCACAGGAGGAAGGAGGACAGGGAAGAGAGAUCCCACAGGAGGAAGGGGGAUGGGGAGGAGAGAUCCCACAGGAGGAACAGGAAGGGAUAUCCCACAGGAGGACGGGGGAUACAAGAGAGAGAUCCUACGGGAGAAAGGGAAUGGGAAGGAGAGAUCCCACAGGAGGAAGGCGGAUGGUGAAGGGAGAUUCAACGGGAGGAAGAGGGACAGGGAAGAGAGAUCCAACAGGAGGAAGGGGGAUGGGGAAGAGAGAUCCCACAGGAGGAAGGGGGAUGGGGAAAGGAGAUCCCACAGGAGGAAGGGGAUGGGUUAUCGAGAUCUAAGAGGAGAAAGGGGAUGGGGAUGGGAGAUCCCUCAUGAAGAAGUGAUGGGGAUGAAAGAUCCCACAGUAAGGGGGAUGAAAGAUCCCACAUUAAGUGGGAUGCGGAAAGAGAUCCGACAGGAGGAAGGGGAUGGGGAAGAGAGAUACCACAGGAGGAAAGGGAUCCGGAAGAGAGAUCACACAGGAGGAAGGGGGAUGGGGAAGUGAGAUCCCACAGGAGGAAGGGGGAUGGGGAAGAGAGAUCCCACAGGAGGACGGGGGAUAGAAAAGAGAGAUCCUACGGGAGAAAGGGAAUGGGAAGGAGAGAUCUCACAGGAGGAAGAGGAUGGGAAGGAGAUAUCCCACAGGAGGAAGAGGGAUGGGGAAGGUAGGUCCAGAGCAGGAUUUGCAUAUAGAAGAGAGAUCCUGGAGUAGAAAGCUGAAUCAGGAAGAGAGAUCCCACAGGAGGAAGGAGGAUAGGGAAGAGAGAUCCCACAGGAGGAAGAGGAAGGGGAAGAGACAACCCACAGGAGGAAGGAGAAAAGGGAAGAGAGAUCCCAAAUGAGGAACGUGGCUGGGCAGGAGAGAUACCACAUCGUGAAGUGGGAUGGGGAAGAGAGAUCCCACAGAAGGAAGGGGGAUGGGGAAAAGAGAUCCCACUGCAGGAAGGGGAUGGGGAAGAGAGAUCCGACAAGAGGAAGGGGAUGGGGAAGAGAGAUCCCUCAAAAGGAUGGCGAUGGGGAAGAGAGAUCCCAUAGAAGGAGGGGGGAGGGGGAAGAGAGGUCCCACAGGAGCAAAUGGAUGGAGUAAAAGAGAUCCCACAGUAGGUAGGGGGAUUGUGAAUUUCAACAUGCAGUUGAACUGGGAGAAACAGUUUGGUGCUGGACCCCAGGAUGGGGAGUUUGUAGUGUGCGUACGGGUUGCAUUCUUGGAACAGCUUGUACGAGAGCCGACCAGGGACAAGGCAACUCUGGAUUUAGUCUUGUGUAAUGAACAGGAUUUGAUCAGCGAUCUUGAAGUAAAGGAGCCAUUAGGAGGUAGUGAUCACAAUAUGAUAAGCUUUUA